AUAUAUUUACCAUGGAACCCACUUGCAAAGUGUUUACCGCAAAGUGUUUUUAGUCGUGACGCGAUAAGAAUUUAUCGGGGGGGGUGGAAAGGUGCACGUAUUCGUGCAUACAAUUGUCAUUAUCAUUUGUCGCGAUCUGAUAGCCCGACGUACGACUUCGCGUCGUCGAAAUUCUUUUUCUAAACGCGAUCACAAAAAACGCGCUACACGAUCAUUGUCGCGCGAUGUAGAAUUCGCAAAACGACGUUACGUGUUUCCACAGCAUCGUUUUCAGAAAUUUUAAUAUGUUACGUGGAGUACUCGCGAUUUUUGUGCGAAAGCACAUGACGAGCGAGAGAUCUUUUCUCGCGAGUGAACGGAAUUCGAGAGAAUGCGAAGGACGAGAGUUUUGCACGGCCGUCGACGACGAUCGUUCGCCGUUGAGCGGGAUAAGAGUUUUGGAUCUGACGCGGAUCGUAGCCGGCCCCUACUGCACGAUGAUCCUGGGUGAUCUCGGCGCGGAGAUCCUGAAAAUCGAGCGACCCGACAGCGGAGACGAGGCGCGUAGAUGGGGCCCACCGUUCUUCCAGGGAACGCAGGAGUCGACUUACUUCACGAGUGUCAACAGGAACAAGAAGAGCGUGUGCAUCGAUUUGAAAAGGGGCAAGGACAUCAUUUACGAACUAGCGCAGACGUGCGAUGUUUUAGUGGAGAAUUACGUGCCGGGAAAGUUGAAACAGCUAGGUUUAGGAUACGAAGCUAUCGCCAAGAUCGCGCCACGCCUCAUAUAUUGCUCUUUGACCGGUUACGGAUCCUACGGACCGUACGCGAAUAGACCUGGCUACGACGUCAUUGCCGCUUCCUUAGGUGGCCUCUUGCACAUUACCGGACCUAAAGACGGACCACCGUGCAAGGUCGGCGUAGCGAUGACAGAUCUGGCAACAGGUCUAUAUGCUCACGGAGCGAUUAUGGCGGCUUUACUACAAAGAGCGAAAACCAAUCAAGGCCAAUGGAUCCAAUGCAAUCUCUUGUCAACUCAAAUUGCAAGCUUGAUAAAUAUUGCUUCUAAUUAUUUAAAUGGAGAUAAGGAGGCGACGAGAUGGGGAUCCGAACACGAGAGCAUAGUUCCGUACGAAGCCUUUCCCACAAAUGAUGGAUAUAUGACAGUCGGUGCAGGAAGUGACUCGCAGUUUUUGGAAUUAAUCAAAAGGCUACAAAUGCCAGAACUCGCUGAUGAUGACAAAUUUAAAAAUAACACAGCUAGAGUCAAGAAUAGAACAGAGUUGCUUAAAAUUCUUAGAAGUAUAUUUAAAAAGAAGACGAAUCGGGAAUGGUCUGUAAUAUUUGAAGGGGCUUCAUUUCCUUAUGGAGCAGUAAAUUCUAUAAAGGAGGUAUUUGAUGAUCCUCAUGUAAAACACAUAAACUUGGUUCAAGAAGUAAAUCAUCCAAUUACAGGAAAAGUAAAACUUAUUGGACCACCUGUGACAUAUAGUUAUGCUACGAAUAUAGUGCGAUCUCCACCACCAACAUUGGGACAGCAUACAUUAGAAGUUUUAAGAAAUAUAUUAAAAUAUUCUGAUAAUAAAAUAGAAAGUUUAAGAGCACAAAAAGUUGUUCAAUAAUGAAAUAAGUAUUGCAUAUGUCUCCUUUUUCUAUAUAUUUUUAUACACUAAUAAUUGGAUAAUCUUAUGAAUCUCAAUUUUAUAAUGGAAUAAAAUUUUUAAAGAGUUUUGUAAGAU